UGUCAAAAGUUAAAUGGGGUUUGGAAAGUACCUAUUGUGGUACUUGUUUUAAUAUUUGUUUUGAAUUGUUACUGCGUUUAAAUGUACAUUAGGCUAUCUAGUGUAAAAUUUCAGAUUAUUCACAAGUAACUAUUAUGACUGUAAGGUUUGAAGAGCUUUGAACAAAUAUAAAUUUGAUCUAUGAAGUCGGCUUUUAUUGAGAGCUGUUCUGUAUGUAAUGUUACGUACCUAUUUAACCGGAUGAAAUGUUAUACACAAAUCUCAGUUGAUUAGGUAUUGAAUAACGCUGAGGAUAACAAUGGAGAACAAAAAGGGAAAAGCUAGCUAUGGGAAAUGUAGGUGCUGCCUAGCGAUGGGACACCACAAGGAUCUAAUGAAAGAAUAUUACAAUAACGGAAUUCGAGAGGUGUACUUCGAUACAUUCAUGGAAUGUUUCAAUUUGUUUCUUUCCACAAGUGAGCAGUUGAGCACUUUGAUCUGUACAUCAUGUGUGUCCCGUCUACGAGAUGCGAUCAGCUUCAAGAUGAUGGUGGUGAGCACUGAGAGGCAGCUGUUGGAUGCACUCAUACACCAUGACGACAAGCAUACUGUGUUUGUGAGUGUCCCAGUAGAAGAGAACAAGCUAGAAGAUGUAGAUAUAAAACCGGAAGGAACUACUGAAGUGAAGCAGGAACCACCUGAAGUUCAGCACUAUGAUAUGUCGUAUGAAUCAGACUUCUUGGACAAUGACGAUUGUGAAAUAGAAGCUAAAGAUAUAGUCGACGACUCUGUUGUCUCAGGAGAGAACGAGUUACUGGCACGGUUUGGUAAGGAUACUUUAAAACCGCUCCCGUCCAGGCAUACACUGCGAACUGUAUGCCCAAACUAUGUGAAACACUUGGAAUUAUUAAAAGGAAUAGAAAUCAUGCCAAAAAUGAUAAAGAAGCUUUUACAAGAGAAUACUUAUAGAAGACUGUCAAAUUCUAGAAACAUAUAUGUCACAGAAAAAAUAGCACAUAUUGUGAACGCAUCCACACUCUUAGAAUUCUCCAACAUGACGCCGUUUAGAAGCAGGGCUCGCAACGGCUUCCCUUGUUUCUACUGCAGAAACAUAUUCGAGAAUUUGGAAAAGUUAAGAGAGCAUACCUCCGGGCACAAGAAGAGCGAUAUUAACAGAGUUCUCAAGACAUAUGGCCCGGAAAGUUUUGUAGUGAAUGCUGAUAUUACAGAUUUAACAUGUAACAUUUGCAGUCAGUCUUUAGUUAAUAUAAAUGAGCUGAAAACUCAUCUCACAAAUAUUCACAAGAAGAAGAUGCACCUAGAAUUCACAGACAGAGUGAUCCCUUUCAAACUAUCUCAAACUAACGUAUUUGAAUGCCAGAUAUGCGGGUGUAACUAUGAAACCUUUGGGGCAAUAGAACGACAUAUGAAUGUGCACUUUAGAAACUACGUUUGCAAAGAAUGUGGAACUGGAUUCGUCACGAAAUAUAGGCUAAAAGUUCACGCCAAGGGUCAUAUGGGCGGAACAUUUCCCUGUGAAAUUUGCGGCAAGAUUUUUGCAUCUCAGCAAAAGCACAAGAAUCAUGUUGAUACAGUUCACAAAUUAGUUAAAAGAUUCAAGUGUACAAAAUGCCCAGAUAGGUUUACAGAGUACUUUAGAAGGCAAAAACAUAUGGUUGAGGUGCAUGGUGUUGCUCCGCUGCAAUACAAAUGCAAUGUGUGUGAAAGGACCUUCGAAAGACGGUAUACAUUAUCUAGGCACAUGAAAAGAGACCAUCUUGAAGAGAGGGACUUCCAGUGUGAGCUGUGUUCCUACAAGUGUUUCACUAAGAAUGAGUUACGAGUUCACAUGGUCAAACACAAUGGAGAGAGGAUAUUCGAGUGCUCAGUUUGUAAGAAAUCCUAUGCAAGAAAGAAAACUUUAAAAGAACACAUGAGGAUUCACAACAACGACAGAAGGUUCGCAUGCGCUGUGUGCGGACAGGCAUUUGUACAGAAAUGUAGUCUAAAGGGGCAUCUGAAGACACACCACUUGGAAUUCAGUUUACCGUGAGCUAAUAUAUUUAGUUGAUUUAUUUUGGAUUGUUACCAGAAUAAAUAACAUCAAUAAUGUAUCUUCUCGAUUACGUAUGCAUUUAAAGAAUUUUGUAACAAAAAUAUAACAACAAAAUACCUAAAUA